CAAAAACCAAAAAAACAGAAAGGGUUGAAAAAAAAAGAGAGAAGCUGAUAGAAAAGGAAGUGGACAGUGGGCAGUGAAGAAGGCGGGUGUGGUUCCAGUCUUCCCUCCGUUUUAUCCCCAAUCCUCUCCCGUUUUUUCUGUGUUCCUCGUUCUCGCCACACGAUCUUCAUUCACCUCCUCUCAUGGCGUCGCUCUCUCCUUUCCCUCCGCUCAUCCACCCUUCUUCCGCCGCCGCCGGUAACGCGACUAGUCGUCUUAAUCAGCAAACUCAGCAGCACCUCCAGUUCGUCGAUUUCGUCGGGCUUUGCGGUCAAUCGAGGAGAGCUGUUUGCCGGAGGAGACUCUCCGCGGCAGCUUCUGGUUCUUCUUUUCCGUCGACGACGGCGACGACUUUGUCUCGGCUGGUGAAGAAGAAUGGGAAGUCGUCGUCGUUGUCCGUUGGGGCCAGUCGCGGAGUUGAGAGUAAGGCGGUGGCGGAUGGCUCCGUUUCCGCUAGCUCUGAUUUGAAACCGGAGGUGGCAAACUUGAGCGAUAUAUUAUCUGAAAGAGGAGCCUGUGGAGUUGGGUUUAUUGCUAAUUUGGAAAACAAACCAUCGAACAAGAUAAUUAAGGAUGCCCUUAAUGCUCUUGGAUGCAUGGAACAUCGUGGAGGGUGUGGAGCAGAUAAUGACUCUGGUGAUGGCUCGGGGCUCAUGACUUCAAUUCCAUGGGAUCUGUUCGGCAAAUGGGCGGAUGAGCAAGGGCUUGCUUCCUUCGAUAAAUUGCACACUGGUGUUGGCAUGGUUUUUCUUCCAAGAGAUGAGAACCUUAUGGAAGAAGCCAAAAAAGUUGUUGUAAAUAUUUUUGAACAAGAAGGCCUUGAGGUGCUUGGUUGGAGAGAUGUUCCUGUAAAUACAUCUGUAGUUGGUUACUAUGCCAAAGAAACUAUGCCCAACAUUCAGCAGGUGUUUGUUAAAGUUGUCAAGGAAGAGAGUAUUGGUGACAUUGAACGAGAGCUUUACAUUUGCCGGAAAUUGAUAGAGAGGGUGGCUAGCUCAGAGAGUUGGGGAAAUGAGCUGUACUUCUGCUCUUUGUCCAACCAAACAAUUGUCUAUAAGGGAAUGCUUCGCUCAGCAGUUCUUGGAUUAUUUUACUCCGAUCUCCAGAGUGAUAUCUACACAUCACCAUUUGCUAUUUAUCAUCGACGAUUUAGCACAAAUACGAGUCCCAGAUGGCCUCUGGCCCAACCAAUGCGGUUUCUUGGUCAUAAUGGAGAAAUCAAUACCAUACAGGGUAACUUGAACUGGAUGCAAUCUCGAGAAAGCUCGCUGAAAUCUCCUGUUUGGCGAGGCCGUGAAAAUGAAAUUCGUCCAUUUGGUAACCCAAAGGCAUCAGACUCAGCCAAUCUUGAUAGCGCAGCAGAAAGUGCGCAUAUAGAUCCGAUCAAUAAGACUUUUAACUAAUAAGCAUACCUGAGAUGGGGUGGAAACCACAACACACGGGAAAAGCGUACUUGGUAACCCUGCGUUAGUACUGUAGGCUUGCUCUUGAUAAGAAGUGGGCGUACUCCUGAGGAAACUCUAAUGAUUCUUGUACCUGAGGCAUAUAAGAAUCAUCCAACUCUGACAAUUAAGUAUCCUGAGGCGCUUGAUUUCUAUGACUAUUACAAGGGUCAGAUGGAAGCUUGGGAUGGACCUGCUUUACUCUUGUUUAGUGAUGGAAACACAGUUGGUGCUUGCCUCGAUCGGAAUGGACUCAGGCCAGCUAGGUAUUGGAAAACGGUGGACAAUUUCGUAUAUGUUGCAUCUGAGGUUGGUGUUGUUCCAAUGGAUGAAUCAAAAGUGAUUAUGAAAGGCCGUCUAGGUCCAGGGAUGAUGAUUGCUGUGGAUUUGCUUGGUGGUCAGGUUUAUGAGAAUACUGAAGUGAAAAAGAAAGUAGCUUUGUCAAAUCCGUAUGGUAAAUGGGUCAGUGAAAAUCUGCGCUCCUUGAAACCUGUGAAGUUCCUCUCGUCAACAGUAAUGGACAAUGAGGCAAUUUUAAAGAACCAACAGGCAUUUGGGUACUCUAGUGAGGAUGUCCAAAUGGUUAUUGAGAGUAUGGCUUCACAAGGCAAGGAGCCAACAUUUUGCAUGGGGGAUGACAUUCCACUGGCAGUAUUGUCCCAAAGGGCACACUUGCUAUAUGAUUAUUUCAAGCAACGUUUUGCACAGGUCACUAAUCCAGCUAUAGACCCACUCAGAGAGGGGUUAGUUAUGUCCCUCGAAGUCAAUAUUGGAAAGCGAAGAAACAUAUUGGAGGUUGGUCCAGAAAAUGCUUCUCAGAUUAUAUUGUCUAGUCCAGUGCUGAAUGAAGGGGAGCUGGAGUCACUGCUAGCUGACCCACAGUUAAAAACUCAAGUUUUACCAACCUUUUUCGAUAUACGUAAAGGUGUGGAGGGUUCUUUGGAGAAAACACUUAUCAGGCUUUGUGAUGCUGCUGAUGAAGCCGUUCGGAAUGGUUCUCAACUGCUAGUGCUCUCUGACCGAUCCGAUGAGCCUGAGGCAACUCGGCCUGCAAUCCCAAUUCUUCUUGCUGUUGGUGCUGUUCAUCAACAUCUCAUUCAAAAUGGCUUGCGGAUGUCAACCUCGAUCAUUGCAGAUACUGCACAAUGCUUUAGCACUCAUCAUUUUGCCUGUUUGAUUGGAUAUGGUGCAAGUGCCAUAUGUCCAUACCUUGCCCUUGAAACAUGUCGCCAGUGGCGUUUGAGUACGAAGACUGUAAACUUGAUGCGAAACGGAAAGAUGCCUACUGUGACCAUUGAACAGGCUCAGAAGAACUUUAACAAGGCAGUUACAUCUGGCCUUCUCAAGAUUCUUUCGAAGAUGGGCAUCUCACUGCUUUCAAGUUACUGUGGUGCUCAGAUAUUUGAGGUCUAUGGACUCAGUAAGGAGGUUGUUGAUCUUUCAUUUCGCGGAAGUGUAUCAAGUAUUGGUGGUUUGACAUUUGAUGAGUUGGCAAGGGAAUCAUUGUCUUUCUGGGUGAAGGCCUUCUCUGAGGAUACAGCCAAAAGACUAGAAAAUUUUGGAUUUAUACAGUUCAGACCAGGAGGGGAAUAUCAUGGAAACAACCCAGAGAUGUCAAAGUUGCUUCACAAAGCUGUCCGGCAAAAGAGUGAGAGUGCAUAUUCUAUUUAUCAACAGCAUCUGGCUAACCGUCCAAUCAAUGUUCUACGUGAUCUUUUUGAGUUCAAAAGUGAUCGUGCUCCUAUUCCCGUGGGGAAGGUGGAACCUGCUACAUCAAUAGUUAAACGUUUUUGCACUGGUGGGAUGUCACUUGGGGCUAUUUCACGAGAAACUCAUGAAGCAAUUGCCAUUGCAAUGAACAGAAUUGGCGGAAAGUCAAAUUCUGGUGAAGGCGGUGAGGACCCUAUCAGAUGGAAUCCACUGACAGAUGUUGUUGAUGGAUACUCAUCCACACUGCCACAUCUCAAAGGUCUUCAAAAUGGAGAUACUGCUACAAGUGCUAUUAAACAGGUUGCUUCAGGACGUUUUGGUGUCACUCCAACUUUCUUGGUUAAUGCUGAUCAACUAGAAAUAAAAAUAGCACAAGGCGCCAAACCUGGUGAAGGGGGCCAGCUGCCCGGGCAGAAAGUUAGUGCAUAUAUUGCAAGAUUGAGGAAUUCAAAGCCUGGGGUCCCACUUAUCUCUCCACCACCCCAUCAUGAUAUCUAUUCCAUAGAAGAUCUUGCCCAGUUGAUCUUUGAUCUCCAUCAGGUCAACCCUAGGGCUAAGGUCUCUGUGAAGCUGGUAGCAGAAGCUGGUAUUGGCACAGUUGCUUCUGGUGUUGCAAAGGCUAAUGCUGAUAUUAUUCAGAUAUCAGGACAUGAUGGUGGAACAGGAGCCAGCCCCAUAAGUUCCAUCAAGCAUGCUGGUGGUCCUUGGGAACUUGGGCUCACAGAAACUCACCAGACCCUCAUCAGUAACGGAUUGAGAGAAAGGGUAAUUCUUCGUGUCGAUGGUGGCUUCAAAAGUGGCUUCGAUGUCAUGAUGGCUGCAGCAAUGGGAGCUGACGAGUAUGGAUUUGGUUCUGUUGCAAUGAUUGCUACUGGUUGUGUUAUGGCUCGUAUUUGCCACACGAAUAAUUGCCCGGUUGGUGUUGCCAGUCAGAGGGAAGAACUACGUGCUCGGUUUCCUGGUGUGCCAGCUGAUCUGGUUAAUUACUUUCUGUAUGUUGCUGAGGAGGUAAGAGGCGUGCUGGCAGAAUUGGGUUACCAGAAGUUAGAUGAUAUAAUUGGGAAUACAGACAUACUAAAACAGCGAGACAUCUCCCUUGUGAAAACUCAGCAUCUUGAUCUAAGUUAUGUGCUCUCGAAACUGAGCAGUACAGAGAUAAGGAAUCAAGAUGUUCACACUAAUGGUCUUGUUUUGGAUGACAAGAUACUCGCAGAUCCAGUUAUUGCAGAUGCGAUUGAGAACGAAAAGGUUGUUAACAAGACUUUCGACAUAUACAAUGUGGACCGUGCUGUCUGUGGGCGGAUAGCAGGUGCAAUCGCCAAGAAGUAUGGCGAUACUGGUUUCGCUGGACAACUGAACAUAACGUUUAAUGGGAGCGCAGGUCAGUCAUUUGGAUGCUUUAUGACUCCCGGGAUGAAUGUCCGACUUGUAGGAGAAGCAAACGAUUAUGUUGGAAAGGGUAUGGCCGGAGGAGAGUUGGUGGUGACUCCAGUAGACAACGUAGGGUUUUGCCCUGAGGAAGCUGCCAUUGUGGGCAACACCUGUCUGUACGGAGCCACUGGUGGCCAAGUCUUUGUACGAGGGAAAGCUGGGGAGCGUUUCGCUGUUAGGAACUCGCUCUGUCAGGCUGUCGUCGAAGGCACCGGAGACCAUUGCUGCGAGUACAUGACCGGUGGCUGCGUAGUUGUACUGGGAAAGGUUGGGCGAAAUGUUGCUGCUGGCAUGACUGGAGGUUUGGCAUACAUGCUCGAUGAGGACGAUACCUUGAUGCCCAAGAUAAACAAGGAAAUAGUGAAGGUACAAAGAGUGACUGCUCCAGUUGGUCAAUUGCAGCUCAAGAGCCUCAUUGAAGCUCAUGUUGAAAAGACCGGUAGUGCCAAAGGCGCCGCUAUCCUCGAGGAAUGGGAGAAAUACCUCCCACUCUUCUGGCAGCUGGUACCUCCCAGCGAAGAGGACACCCCCGAGGCUUGUGCAUUGUACGAGGCCACUGCCGCAGACCAAGUCACCUUUCAGUCUGCUUAAGAUGUAGAAACACAUUUGUUGAAACGAUUAUCCGACAACAGCAGCAGCAGGAACAUGGCAAUGGCAUGACACCAAGAAAUUUGAUUAUUUCCCGUCGACCUCAUCGUCGUAGGUCAGUCGGCCGUGGUAACAAGAAGGGAAUAAGCGGCGGAGGCCAUUGUUAAUGGUUGGCAACGGCAAUGGGGAGCAAAUGUGCUGCACAGAAAUGUAUAGUUUAGGGUAAUUUGUUUCUUGCACAAGAUGUAACGUAUAGCUCCUUGUUAUCCGAUUCUAAAUCAGACCGGGGUCAUUGUACUCGAGCUUACUUGAACCAAAAACUAUAGCACGAACCAGGCCCCAAAAUAUGGGCCGGGGUUAUCCAUUUGGAGGAGGCAAAUCUUUCCAAAUAUAUUGGUCCUCCAUUUCAGCCCAACAUGAUGGAAGAAAACCAGACUCAGUAGAGAGUGGCCGGCCAAAUAUUAGAUGGCCCAUAAAUUGACAAGGCCCGGGCCUG